AUGACUUUAAAUGACAUGUGGCAGUCUUUGAUUUCAACACUGGACAGAUGGAGUGAAGAAUUUUUAGUAAACGAAGAAUUUUUGUCAAUGCCACAAACCAUUCCAGGUGUUUCAAUGACUGAGCCUUUGGAUGAAGAAUUUAAAGAUAAUGACUACGAUACUGAGCCCGAAGAUGUUAUAAUGAAGGGUGAAGAAUUCAUUGGGUACAUUGGAUUUGGCCCGAAAGAACCUCUUCUCAAUUCCUUUAAUGAUUCGCUAAAGCUCCCAGAUACCCCGUUUCGACUACCAACUGCUAUUUUGGAAAAGCUUGAUUAUUAUAAUGAUUCGGAAUCUCGUCUUGAUUCUGAUGAUUUUGAUGAUUCUGAUGAGUCAGAUAGAGUAACUCCACCUACAAAACCACUUACACAAGCUGAAAAGCAUUUUCAGAAACAACAAGAAGCUAUGGCUAUUCAUAUCAAGUUUCGCCAGCUACUCCAUGUUCGUUUUAAUGAGUUAGAUAAUUUACGCCAGCAUGCUGUUUUAGCUUCAGAUGACCCUCUUUAUGAAGUUUCACAGCAAGCGAAUGAUGCAAUCAAGCAACGGUUUGAGGAAAUUUGUGAAUUUUUAGAGACCUAUCAUAAUCAAGGAUGCUCUUCAAAACAUAAGGGAGAGACUUUUCAAUCUUACACUUUAUCACUUGCAGAGUAUCUCAGCAAACAAAAGAACAAAAAUUUAAGUUUCAAGGAAGCUCUUGAAAGGGCAAGCCAUCAUUAUGGGCAACAAGCUACGGAUCUUUUUGAAACUUUAUUGAGAGACUUGAGAGACUUGAUUGCUGCACACACUUUGUCAAUGCAAGAACUUUAUGGUCUCCCUUUUUAUCAGGGAUCGCUUUAUCGCAAAAUAUUUUUUUGUCCAAACCGGUGUACAGCGUUUACAUACAACCCGAAAUUGGAAUAUACUAAAAAAUGGAUUGAACCUCAAGUUACUAAACCGCAUUGUCCACACUGCGACUCUUCAUUCAGCGAUAAGUGUUACUUUUGGUAUUUUUCAAUUCGUGAAGAUAUUAGACUGGCAUUUCAAAAAACUUCUCUACGGAAAGUAAUGUCUAAAACAUUUAUUUUGGGAAACACCUCAAAAGAUGAGUACAACUCAUUUUAUACUGGAGAAUUAUACAAGACACUUGUGAAAAUCCCUAGAACGACUGAAAAUGAGACUGGCAAUAAAAUGUUUUUUGAGGAGGAAUAUGAGUUUCCAAUUUUAUUGCAAAUUACCAAGAUGAAGCUUCCCAACGUUUCUGGAGAAUUUAUGGUACUUCAGGCCAUCAAUUUAGCUUUACCAGAAGACGAAAGAACAAAACCACAUAAUACAGUUAACCUUUGCUGCUUUCCAUGCACCAAGAUGAAAUCUAAAAGUUCAGUCCCUUUUGAUAUUAAUUCGUUUCUGCGACCAAUAAUUGAAGAUUUUAAAGCGGCAAGUUCUGACGGCUUUGAUGUUACUUACAAGGACUCUGAAAACAACACUGUAACUGAAAGAGUUUUUUGUCAUUUAGUUGCGGUGGUUGGAGAUGCUUCUAUCAUUAACAGAUGCCUUUGUUUUAACAAGCCCAGUGGUAAAUUUCCUUGUCAUUUUUGCUUGACUAAUCAAUUCGAAAUUAAUGGAUACAAUGCCUUCACUUCGUUUACUAAUCGCCCCGAAAACUAUAAUCCAGCAAUACGAGACAAUUUGUAUCUUCACAAAGCCAAAAUGCAUGCUUACCUUCACCUUGAAGAUUUUGUCGAAAAAAGGGAAGAAUUAAAUACUGAUUCGGAAAAGAGAAAGAUUUCCAAGCGUGUUUUAAACAAACACGGAAUCAAAAAUUGGUCUGCUUUUUUUGAUCUUAAAUCUAUAAUUCUUGAACAUUCAUUCCCUCUAGACACAAUGGAUGUUUUAUAUCGACAUGUUUUUUCGACAAUUGAAAAAUCACUUUUGCAGACAACCGAAAAGAACAACACUUUUGCUCUUAAGGCCAAUGAUUUGAAGAUGUUUAAAGAACUUUUUGAAGGUUUUAGUUCCCUUCCUUCAAAAUGGAUUGGACCUUCUUAUUCUCCUAGAGUGAUGCUAGAAACACAAGGAAAUUUGCCUUACUCUGAAUUACGUCCUCGUCGAGCGAUUGACCUUUAUUUACCAAUCAUUUUUUACAGCUCUCUUGAAAAGCCGGUAAUUGAGGUUUUCACUGAACUUUUAAUGUUUAUAAAAGUAACAUCCUCACAAUCUUUCAGUUAUUCCAUGGUUGAGGGACUUCAAUUAUCAGCCAAAAAACUUGUUAGAAAGCUUGAGCAAGUUUUUAUUGAGGGCGCCAUAAAAGGCUACGAAAGUGCUGACGAAAUUUGCAAUAGUUCUGAACGAAGCUCUUCAAACACUAAAACUUCAUCACUCGAGAUACCUGCACAAACAGUUUUAUAUACCCCUUCUCUGGAUAUACAACUUGAUUCCUGGGUUAAGACAAACUUUCCAGAUAUUCAAUUAGAUUACAUUAAAGACGCUUUGACGAAUCUCAAUCAGGCUUAUUUUCUCAACACUGCGCCUUACUCAAGGGAUAAAACGGAAAGCUAUUCUCUGAUUGGUGAGCCGUCGAAAGUUUAUAAAAAUUUGACUCUUGAGCUCCAUCAAAUGUUGCAUAUUGCCCAAAGCAUUAAAAGCCUGGGGGCUCCAAAUCAGUACUGGGAUUAUCCAUUAAGGAAAACUUUAAUUAAUCUUAGACAGAAAUUCAGUAAAGGGUAUUACCCUACAAUUUCUAUUUCCAAUAUCUUUUUCGAGGAAAAAAUUACAAAACAGUUGGAGAGAAAUUCUAACUUGAUUUGUGACUUUGGAGACCACAAUGUUGAAAAAAACUCUUAUACUCUUGAAAGUCUCUAUAUUGGUGACACGAACAAAGGUACCGAAAUGGAAAGCGUUUUGACGGCGUUUUUGCAAAAAUUUGACAAAAAACUUAACAGCAAAAACGUUUUCUAUGAGUACUACAAAAACUUUGAGUUUAAGAACCUUGAAUUGAGUGCGGUUUAUGAUCCUUAUCCCGAGACUGAUGUCACAGAAGAUCUUUCUAAUUCACGUACUAACUUUGUUCGUUUGAAGCACGACUAUGAAAAUGGCCAGUUUGCAUAUGCCCAAUUUUUGGGCUUAAUAUCCUUUAAGCCCUCUAACUCUAAGCACAUGAUUCCCGAACAUUUUGCAGAGUUUUCUACCGAAAAAACAUAUACAUUCAUACAGAGAAUUAAAAAUGAUUGCAUUUACUCUGAAGAUAUUCAGCCAAAGUUUUUGCACCUUAGACUCGACAAUCCCAAUGAUAAAUAUACUCUAGGACAGUAUGUUUUCGAGAAUACUAUUUCGUUGAAACCCAUUGAAAUUGUUGAGCUUUCUACUAUUAGAAACCCCAUAUACAUGCUCAAAUAUUCUCAGAUGAAUGAUAUGUUGGGUAAACUUUCAACCGCUUACCGACUGAUUGAUACCAGCUUGUGUUUUUACAUUGUUGAACAGAAAUUUGGACGGGAGUUUUACACCCCAAUUGAACAAUCAGUAGAUGAAGAAGAGUAUAACCGGACUUGA